GUGAGCUAUUUAAUGGCGCUACAGGGUAGGCGUGUGUCUCUCAGCUGGGCAGAGCUACAAUGCAGGAGGCUGCUACGCCGAAUCAGAGGCAGCAGCAGGUCAGGGAGACAAACUAUUAAGAAGCUCACAGGGAUAAGAACCGGAAAGGAGCAGUUUCCACCAGCCUGGUGGAUAUAAAGUAUCAUUUUAGCGGAGUCGCGAUCCUACCACUGCCUGUUGUCGAGUUAGUAACAGCCUUGUUCAAACUUGCACCAUCAGCAGCUAACUAGUUAGGUUAGUUGUUAGCUGCCUGGCUAAUCUGCCAGACGGUUUGCCCUUGCUGGGAGCAGUAGCAGCUAACCUAGCUUAGCUAUUGGCAGCCUGGCUAACCGGGAAGCGCUUCCAAGAUGAGGCUGAAAGUAGGAUUUAUUCUACGGAGUUUGCUUGUCAUUGGGACGUUUCUUGGUUUGGUGGUGCUCUGGUCUUCUCUGUCGCCGAAACCCAACGAUGAAAACCCUUUUGAAAAACGGGAUGACAGUUUGCUGCCCAAAGGAGACCCAGCAGAUCAGUUUAAGCCUGUGGUGCCCUGGCCUCAUGUGGAGGGGGUGGAGGUCGACCUCAACUCCAUCAGACUCAAACAUGGAGGAGCCAACCAUCCCCAGAACCCUGACCAGCAGCCCGACCAGAUGCAGGUGAUCCAGCAGCAGUAUGUGACAUUCAGACCUGACACACACGCCUACACCAGCCCUGUCCUGAAGAAAGGUAUACUUGGAAACUUUGAACCCAAGGAACCUGAACCUCCAGGGGUCCCCGGCGGUCCUGGUGAAGGAGCCAAGCCUUUUGUCCUGGGUCCGGAGUACAAAGACGCCGUCCAGGCUUCCAUCAAAGAGUUUGGCUUCAACAUGGUGGCUAGUGACAUGAUCUCACUGGACAGAACCAUCAGUGAUAUACGCCAUGAAGAGUGUAAGUACUGGCAUUAUGAUGACAGACUGCUGACCUCCAGUGUGGUGAUAGUCUUCCAUAAUGAAGGCUGGUCUACACUGAUGAGAACCGUCCACAGUGUCAUCAAGAGGACUCCCAGGAAAUACCUGGCUGAGAUCGUCAUGAUAGAUGACUUCAGCAACAAAGCCCAUUUGAAGGAGCGUUUGGAGGAGUACAUCAAGCAAUGGAACGGUCUUGUAAAACUCUUCCGAAAUGAGAAGAGAGAAGGCCUGAUCCAGGCCAGGAGUAUAGGAGCCAAGAAGGCCAGUAAAGGACAGGUGCUGAUCUACCUGGAUGCUCAUUGUGAGGUUGGAAUCAACUGGUAUGCUCCUCUGGUUGCUCCUAUUUCAAAAGACAGAACGGUGUGUACGGUGCCUCUGAUCGACUCCGUCCAUGGCCAGAGUUUCACCAUCGAUCCCCAGGGUGGAGGAGACCAGGACGGGUUCGCUAGAGGAGCCUGGGAUUGGAGCAUGCUCUGGAAGAGAAUUCCUCUGGGAGACAGAGAAAAAAAACUCCGAAAAACUGUGACCGAGCCAUAUAGGUCUCCAGCCAUGGCGGGCGGUCUCUUUGCUAUAGAGAGAGACUUCUUCUUUGAGCUGGGUCUGUAUGAUCCAGGACUGCAGAUAUGGGGAGGAGAGAAUUUUGAAAUAUCAUACAAGAUCUGGCAGUGUGGCGGCCAGCUGCUCUUUGUGCCGUGUUCUCGUGUCGGCCAUAUCUACAGACUUCAGGGGUGGCAGGGCAACCCUCCGCCUGCACAUGUCGGAUCGUCGCCCACUCUGAAGAACUAUGUUCGUGUGGUGGAGGUAUGGUGGGAUGAAUAUAAGGACUACUUCUACGCCAGUCGUCCUGAAACUCUCACUCUAGCCUACGGAGACAUCAGCGAGCUUAAACGCUUCAGGGAGGAACAUCGAUGCAAGAGCUUCAAGUGGUUCAUGGAGGAAAUAGCCUAUGACAUUCCACUGCACUACCCUCUGCCUCCUAAAAAUGUCGAAUGGGGGGAGAUUCGGGGAUUUGAGACAAGUUACUGUAUCGACAGUAUGGGACACACAAAUGGAGGCAAUGUGGAAAUAGGACCGUGCCACAGGAUGGGGGGCAACCAGUUGUUCCGUAUCAAUGAAGCCAACCAGCUGAUGCAGUACGACCAGUGCCUGACCAGAGGAGGUGAUAAUUCAGCUGUCAUCGUCACACACUGUGAUCAGAACCAGCACACUGAGUGGAAGUACUUCAAGGAUCUCCAUCGGUUCACUCAUGUGCCAACAGGGAAGUGUCUGGACCGCUCCGACCUGCUCCACAAAGUCUUCAUAUCAGACUGUGACACCAGUAAAACCACUCAGAAAUGGGAGAUGAACAACAUCGUGGCUGUAUGAAGACUGAGGACAUACACGCCGAUUAACACACAUCAAGAAAUACAUCCAUACUACACGUUUACAGAAAUAUCAAGCUGAUACUGUCCGUUUAAAGAAAAUAAUGCUUUUGAUAUGAGCCAGUCCAUGUCAGUGCACCUACAGCACGACGGAGUCCACAUGGUCGAAUUUAAAGAUACUGAGUAUCGAUUAACUGCUUCAACCCACAUCUGUCGGUAUCAGCCAAAAUAUGCCUUUGGCAAAGUCGAGGCUGGUGCGAUGUACAGACACAGACACUCCAGAUGGCAGAAGAACUGGUUGGGAAGGAGGCUGAAGCUACGGGUCCUCAGAAUGACCAGUUGGACGAACACUGAAGUGGCCUCUCAGGCCUUUUCUAAACCACUACAUUUGAUUUAUGAAAUGAAUCGCAUUAACUCCAACUACUGAACAGUCCUGCUUUAAUUAGACCUUUUCAGUCAGUUGAUUAGCUCACUUACCAAAGAGUCCUUUUUAUUGGUGGAGGAUUCAAUCGCAUCAUCGGUGUGUUUAACCAGGUGAAGUGUUGCUACCAACACUGGCUGGCGUAACGCUUGCUUCUGUCUGGCUUUCAGGCUGGAAGAGUGCGUUAAAAUAGGAUGUCAAAAACAAAGCAUUUAUUGGACAUAUCGGAGAGAGAACACUCAGUGAGCCAGAUCAGUUUAAUAGACGAGGAGUGAAUGGAAACGUUGUUGAAAGUUGUGAAUCUGAAAGCGUGGUGUCACGCUGAUGUUAAAGUCCCGGCUUGUUUUCUGUACCUAAACAAUCAGCGCUUUUUUAGCAUUUUUCUGCUCAGUCCUGAUUGGUCAUCCGCUUCUUAAAGAGCCAUUAGGCCAAAAUACAUCCACCUUCCUCUGGGGCCAGACAAAAGGUGGAGGCGCUCUCAGAUACCAGUGACAUGUAUGUAAAGCUCGCUUUCCUAAAAAGGACACUGACAUAUUGAAUUACUUUAGUUUCUUCUUCAUUUGCACUUUUAGAAUCCCCACUUUGAGCGUGGAGCUAAUACAGUAAUCUAACAGCUAAAUCUGGCGAAUCAAUAAGCAGGACUGUAUGUGAACGAUGCUCGUCCUCCUGGUUUCUCUAAACCAGCUCCAGGUCCGUUCCCGGAGUGCCAUGUCUGAACCCAUCCCUGCGAGAAUAUGCUUUCAAAUGCACAAUAGCAUGACUUGUCCUCUUCUUAACUUUGAUUGGUUGCCAUUUACUUCUGUUGAUUUUCCAUUGGCUUGAAUUAAUUUUCCAUGAACUUCUACAGACACUGAUGCUUUAGAGGAACUUAAACGUUUAAGAACAGUGAACUGCCUGCCUUAGUGACAGUCUUGAUGCGUAAUUGAGGAGCUGACCAGCUGACUGUGACUUAGUAACUGCCGGUCUGAAAAUGGAAAAUCAGGGGAAACAAAACCCGCGGGGCUGUGGGGGUGGGGAAUGUUGCUGGGGAGAAAUACACAACUUAUGGUGGGGGAAAUGACAAAUCUGACUGCUUUUUGUGUUAGUUUGUGGAAGGGGAAGAGGGUUUGGUGUAUGGAUGAUCGUGUUUGCAAUGUUUUGUACAAUGUAAAUAGAUUUCUUUGUAAAGACGAUCACGAUGCAUUUUGUGAAGGGCCUUGAAUGAUGUAAAUAUCUAACUUAUAGCAGAGAUUUAAUAUGGGCUGAACUGUGGGUGAAUGAGCAAAUAAAACACCAGAUUUUUACUACCGUCA